AUGGGAGCUUCCUCAAGUAUACUAAAUGAAUUUGUCGAAGACACAAACUUCAGUGUCGAGGAGAUCGACAGGUUGAGAAAACGAUUCAUGAAACUAGAUAAAGAUGGAUCAGGAGAGAUUGACAAGAAUGAAUUCUUAUCCAUCCCAGGUAUAUCAUCAAACCCAUUAGCUACGCGAUUAAUGGAUGUGUUUGACAAAGAUGGUGAUGGCCAAAUUGAUUUUCAAGAAUUUAUAACGGGGUUGUCAGCAUUCAGUGGUAAAUCUUCCAAUUUGGAAAAAUUGCAAUUUGCAUUCAACAUAUAUGACAUUGACCGUGAUGGUUAUAUCGGUAAUGGGGAAUUAUUUAUAGUUAUGAAAAUGAUGGUGGGGAAGAAUUUACAGGAUGAGGAGCUACAACAAAUUGUUGACAAGACUAUCAUGGAAGCCGAUGUUGAUGGAGAUGGCAAGUUGAAUUUCGAAGAAUUUAAAAAGGCAGUUGAUAGCAAUUCUAUUGCAAACACAUUAACGUUGAAUAUGUUUUGA